CCUUUGGAUCUGACGGACUGACGUCGUACCAAAGCGCAAAUGACUACAUGUUAAAGCCAGUGAAAGCGACGUACUUUGGGUGAACAAUUUUGUAUAUCUGUCGGCGGAGCUGGAUUUCCUCCGAACCUCUGAAAAAUGUUGGCGCUCAUCAAUCGGAUUUUGGACUGGUUUAAGUCUCUCUUUUGGAAAGAGGAGAUGGAGCUUACCCUCGUCGGCCUGCAGUAUAGUGGAAAAACCACUUUCGUAAAUGUCAUAGCGUCAGGACAGUUCAGCGAAGAUAUGAUUCCUACGGUUGGUUUCAAUAUGCGUAAAAUAACAAAAGGCAAUGUCACUAUAAAAGUGUGGGAUAUUGGAGGCCAACCGAGGUUUAGGUCUAUGUGGGAAAGAUACUGUAGAGGCGUGAAUGCAAUAGUAUACAUGGUGGAUGCUGCUGAUCCUGAGAAAAUAGAAGCAAGUCGCAAUGAGUUACACAAUUUAUUGGAUAAACCUCAAUUGGCUGGUAUUCCAGUUUUGGUACUUGGCAACAAGAGGGAUUUACCUCAGGCUCUGGAUGAAAAUGGACUCAUAGAAAGAAUGAACUUAGCAGCCAUUCAAGAUCGUGAAAUCUGUUGCUAUAGCAUUUCGUGCAAAGAGAAAGACAAUAUUGAUAUUACAUUGCAGUGGCUUAUAGCACAUUCUAGAAGUGGUGUUCGCUAAUACGUGUAUUGAAUUUUAUGUUCUUAUACAUUCUUAUUGGAAAGCCCAAGAUAUUGAUAGCGGAAUUGGGAUCAAACGCGCGUGGAAGUGUUCGGCGAUUUUAUUCUCGGUUGAUUGAUUAUUGUAGAGAAUUUUGUUUACAUCUAAGCUUUAGCUACUCUUCGUUUAAACGUAUAAAAAAUCAUAGAAAAUUUAAAUGGAAAAAAAAUACCAAGGAAGUUAUGCUUAAACCAAAUAUGUUCGAGCGAACGAUAACAAGACACAUAAAUCCUUGCGAGCACGUUAGAGAUAAGUAACUACUUUUUUAUAUUGCGUUUUUAGAUGAUCGAUUCGAGUAACAAUGCUAAUGUAAAACCAUCAGAUGAAAAAUAGCAUUUAAACCAUUAACGUAGAGACAAUGGUAGCUAGUACCUAUACAAGCGCAUAAUAAUAUCAAUUAUCGUAUAGUACACAUUCUCGGAAAUAUUUAAUUAAGAUUAAUACAUCCACGGCAUAGAGAUUACGUACAUUCGAUCGCUAUAUGUACACGAAUAUGAUGCUAAGUAAACUUGUAUAAUUAAUGGAGAAUUAUUAACAAUAUUAUACCGAUUUACUAUGAUCCUUGAAAAUAU